UUUCUCUUCUGGCCAUUGGGUUUUUACUCGGAAGCUGUGAUGAACUGGAGGCACAAAGUUUGGAGCGAGAGGCAGACUCUUUAAAAAGCUUACUGUAUUCAAGGAAGCUUUGCGAUGGGUGACAGAACAGACUCUCUGAUGACUGUGCAUCUUCUUGCCAAUGCGGGACACUCGUCGUUUCUGCAGCAAACUCUGGAUCGGCUCUUGGAGUGGAUCUGCCCCAGCGUUCGACUGUUCUUUGUGUCCGAGCGGAUUGCUCCACAGAAAUACUAUGAGAGGUACCGCAAGAGGAGCUGUGGCUUUCCUGGAAUAUCCGUCCUCCUUUUUCUGCACGAGGACCUGGGAGAAGAGCGGAUUUUCCAGGUCUAUGAUCUCUUCCAGCGCCCGCCCUGGCGCUACCAGUGUGCCCAGACUGCCCGGGGGCAAAGCCCUCCUCAUGCGCUGGCCGAGCAGGACUUCUACAGCCUGGACGAGCAGAUGCCCGUGUGGGGCAUCAGGCGGGUGCACUGCGGCCCCGAAAUCCUGCGUGUGACCCUCUACUGCAGUUUUGAUAACUACGAUGAUGCCGUGGGGCUGUACGAGAUGAUCCUGCGGAAAGAAGCAGCUGUGCAGAAAAAUAACUUCUGCGUCUUCGUGCUGUACACGACCAAAGCCAUCGCCGUCCAGCUCUGCCUGAAGCAGCUGCCCCCUGGGGUGGCUGCAGAGCCGAAGGAGUCGUCGGCCUUGCAGUUCAAGGUGCAAGAAAUCGGGCAGCUGGUGCCUCUCCUGCCCCAUCCCUGCAUUCCUAUCAGCAGCACCAGGUGGCAAACGCAGGACUAUGAAGGAAAUAAAAUUCUGCUUCAGGUUCAGGACAGCCCCAGGCAGACUGAGACACGUGCUGGGCUUCCCAACCAGUGCAGAGGCACAGGCACAGAGCGACCCCAGGGCUCGCCCCCGGCCCCCGUCCCCGUCGUGCGGGGCAGCCCUGAGCACAGGGGCCGGAAGGCCCGAGCCUGGGGGGUGAGAACGAAAUCCCAGCACAGCGCAGCCCCCCCUGCGGAGCAAGCUGGCAGCGACCUUCAGCGGCAUUGCUGCUCCUCCUGGAGCACCGCAGCGGCCCCACCACGGUGGGACAUCCCCUCCCGGCACGCACGGGUGAGCGGGGGGCUGCAGGAGAGCCGGGCCCACCGGCUGCCAGCAGAGACCAACGUGGACACAGGGCUGGCCGUGGGGAGUGCUGCGGGUGGCCGCUGCCCCCUGCGCCGCUUCCCCAGGGACCUGUGUGGCCUCCUGCAGCCGCCAGAGCUGGAUGUGGCCGGCGUCGCCCUGCCCGCCCCUGACAGCACGUGGCCCUCGUCUUUGGCAGCCAAAAGUAAAGGAGCAGGGCAGAGGGCCUUGGCCUUCCGCUUGCAAACACCAAGAGUCAGCACUGGAAUAAGGCCUGAGGAGGAAGAGGAGGAGUUCUUCAUAUGACUGGAGGCAAACGUCCCGGAUGGACGCGUUAUUUCCAAAUGGCAGCGAUGUGCUUUUGCCUGGAAAUGCAGAGAACACUCCCUACAUGGUGUGCCUCUCCGUGCUGGACCACCUGUGCCCAGCCCUUCCUUGUAGCCAUGAAACAUUUUGGUAUCGGGCUCGCUGUGGCAGGCCCUUUCCACGGAGCAGUGCUGAGAAGGCUGAAGGCAAAGCAGGAGAAAGAGCGCUGCAUUUGCAGAAAAGUUUAUUUCUUAAAAAGCGCAGAAUAGAGUGGAGGAUAAUUGUGCCAUGGACAAGAAUAAGCCAUGCAAAUCCUAGAUAUGAUCUAAAAUGCUAAUAAAUAUGUGAAAAGCUGUGUUGAAAAACGUGUUGAGAUGGGUUAGAAGUUGCAGCUUGGACAUGGGAGGCUGCAGGAUGCCCACAGCAUGCAGGGGAUUGUCACCGUGAGUAGUGGCGUGGUCAACAAUAUUAAUGCUGGUUUCCCUCUGUCUUCCUUUUCACAUCCCCUGCUGUUGGUGUUUAAAAGCUAUCACUGUUGUCAACUUUAUGCAAGAUGUGAAACAUAGCUUUUUUUUUUUUGAAUAAAACAUUUCAACAGCUACCUUUUCCCAUGGUAGCACAGCACGCACAAAAAGCAAACAUUCGCAGAGAAGACUUUGAGCUACGUCUCUGCUCCAGCAAGACUUUGCCUAUAUGCGUGGCACUGAACAAAAUAAACCCAGCAAGGGACCAGGCUUUGUUAGACCAGCGUGCAGUUAUCUGCAGGGCGAUGAAAAUCCCAGCUGGGUCUUAAAUAACAGAAGACAAGAAGCUGGAGGCUUGGAGGGAACCGCUGGAAAGCAAAAAGGGCAGGAGAAAAGAAGUAGUGCAGGAGCAAAGGAUGCUGAAAUAACCACACUCUGCUGCCUGCAGGCUGUGUGGCCCCACGGGUGCAGGCAGCAGAGCCAUGGUGGUGGGUGCUGGUCCGGGCUGUGGGAGGGCGGGUGGCUGGGGCUGUGGGGUGACAGGCACACUGGGGACGUGGUACCCAAGGGGCACAGUGAGCGGUGCUCCCUGUGAUGGUUUCACGCUGCGAUGUGGUCUUUAGAAAGUGUGGUGAAACCUGGUCGAGUCCUGACGAGGGGAAGCUGUGCUGUUCUGGUUUUACCCAUUGCAGAUCAAGGUCUGCUGGCAGAGGCGGAUGAUUGUCUUCUGUUUGUUCUAACUGGACACUUUAAAAACAAACAAAACCCAAUGUUUUCCUAUGGUCUGUAAUGCUUUGGGCUGUUCAUUAAAGCAUAGUAUGAUAUUUUA